AUGUACAAAUCCUCUGCUGGUAUCCAGCUCUGUAGUACCUGUCCAGCGAACAGCUCUUCAACGACAAACCGAGAGAAUUGCUUGUGCAACCAAGGAUACGAACAAACCGACCAAUCAAGUCUCCAGUGUACUAUGUGCCAACGAGGAACAUACAAAGAAAAUAUUUCAGAUCAAAGCUGCAAACCAUGCGAUGCCGGCACCUACGCAGACCAGGAGGGCUCGACCUACUGCACGGCCUGCACGGGGAACGCAAGCUCGCCGGUAGCAAGCGACAACAUCACAGCAUGCCUGGCUUGCGAAGUCGGGAAGUACAAGCUUGUCAACGGGACGGACACCUGUACGCCAUGCGCGAUCGGGACAUACAAGAACAUGUCCGGGCCGGGGGCUUGCUACGAGUGUCCUCCCUUGACUGGGACACCUCAAAUUGGAAGUUUUUCAAUAGAGGAUUGCAUUUGUAUUGCCGGGUACUAUCAAUCGAAUGUCUCGAAUUGUACCAUUUGUCCAACGGGAAUGUACAGUUCGAUUGCUGGAAGCACAGCCUGCACUGCAUGCGACGCCGGCACCUACGCAGACCAGGAGGGCUCGACCUACUGCACGGCCUGCACGGGGAACGCAAGCUCGCCGGUAGCAAGCGACAACAUCACAGCAUGCCUGUGCUUGCCGGGGUACACGGGCAGCUACGCGGAGGGGUGCAGGGCUUGCGAAGUCGGGAAGUACAAGCUUGUCAACGGGACGGACACCUGUACGCCAUGCGCGAUCGGGACAUACAAGAACAUGUCCGGGCCGGGGGCUUGCUACGAGGCUUGCGAAGUCGGGAAGUACAAGCUUGUCAACGGGACGGACACCUGUACGCCAUGCGCGAUCGGGACAUACAAGAACAUCGGGGAGAAGGGAGGACCGUGCACGAUCUGCUCGGCCGGGUACUACGCCGACGUCCCUGGACAGACGCAGUGUACGGCAUGCGACGCCGGCACCUACGCAGACCAGGAGGGCUCGACCUACUGCACGGCCUGCACGGGGAACGCAAGCUCGCCGGUAGCAAGCGACAACAUCACAGCAUGCCUGUGCUUGCCGGGGUACACG